CCAUUUAUAAAUUCUCACACCCUCUUCUUUCUCUCUCAAUUCCAUUCCCUCAUUUUUCUUCACUCCACAAAUUUUCCACCGAAAUACUCUUUGUUUUCUUUCUCCCCCCAAAUCGGUAAUGUGGCCACCAAAUUGGUUAGCUUCACCGAGUCGCCACCGCAAUUCACCACCACCACCGUCGCCGUUACCGUUACAUUGCCGAACUCACUCUAUCAACUUCACUUGUUCUUCCUUCAAAGACAUUGAAACUCUAAUCCAAGAAAAACCAGAACCAAAUUUACCAAAAUCUCCUUCACUCUUCCGCCGCAUCAGAAUCUCCACCACCUUCCUCCGCGCUUUAUCCGCCUCCCGAACCACCGCUCCACCGCCGCAAACAAUCUCCCUCCCUCCCGGCCUUGAAAAUCGUGUCGUCAUUUACUUCACCAGCCUCCGCGUAAUCCGCCGCACAUACAACGACUGCCGCGCCGUCAGAUCAAUCCUCCGCAACUUCCGCGUCAUCACCGACGAACGCGAUGUCUCAAUCGACGAUCGAUUCCGCGACGAACUCAACGAAAUCUUGAACCGGAAAAACGUCACACUCCCGAGGGUUUUCGUCGGCGGAGUUUACAUCGGCGGCGUUGACGAGGUGAAACAGUUACACGAAAGCGGUGAGUUGAAUCGUUUGAUCGAACGGUUACCGAAGUCGAAUAUGAACGGUUGUGAUUGCUGUGGAGGGUUCAGAUUCGUUGUGUGUGAUGAGUGUAACGGAAGUCACAAAGUGUAUACGGAGAAAAACGGGUUUAGAAGCUGUUUGGGUUGUAAUGUUAAUGGUUUGAUUAGGUGCCCUGCAUGUUUCUUCAUGCUGCCGCGAUACACCAGAUAGUUUGCUUAGUUUUGAAGUUAGUUUUACAGCUCAUAAACAACUGGAAAAGAAAAAAAAAAUCAUAUAUCUUAUAUGAUGAUUUAACUUAGGGUUUAAUUUAAUAUAUGUUAUUAGAUAGUUUUAGUUGAAUUGCCAUAUUAUAUGACUUGUAUGAUAUGAUUAUUAUAUGUGAUAAUGAUGAUAUGGUAUUAGAGCCAGCUUUGAUUUGA